UCCCCGCCCCCGCCUCGCGCAUCCCACCUUGACCCCUUCCCGGGACCUUCCCCGGGGCUGACGUGCGGGCCUCCGCGGCGCUUCCCUCGGUACCUGCGCCGGCGGCGUCGGGCGAGCGCCAUCGGCCGCUGGCAUCGCUCCCCGGCCCUGGCACCUAUAUCCGGCCCUGACAUCGCCCCUGCCCAUCCCACGCCCCUAGCUCCCGGCCCACCUGGCCUCCCAGGCCCGGCUUCUCCCGCCCGAGUCUCUCCAGCCCUCCCUUGUAGCCCAGUAUGGUGCCCCGAGAGGAGGAGCAGAAUUAACAGAGCCUGUUGCUGUAGGGAGGACGCUUCCCGAGCUAGUGACAGCUGCGCUGCUCAAGGCAGGAAGAGCUCUGAGCUGAGCAGUGGAGGCCCUCCUGGAUCGGGACAGAAGAGGUUAUCUUGGAGCCAGUAAUGAGCCACCCCGACUACCGGCUGAACCUCCGGUCCCUGGGGACCCCCAGAGGUGUGUCCUCUUUGGUUGGUCCACAUGGUGUUGGUGCUUCGCCAGGUGACAAAAAGUCAAAGAACAAGAACACACGAGGGAAGAAAAAGAGCAUAUUUGAAACCUACAUGUCCAAGGAGGAUGUUUCAGAAGGCUUGAAGAGAGGGACACUCAUCCAGGGUGUAUUGAGAAUUAAUCCGAAGAAGUUUCAUGAAGCCUUCAUUCCUUCUCCGGAUGGCGAUCGAGACAUUUUUAUUGAUGGGGUUGUCGCUCGUAAUAGAGCCUUGAAUGGAGAUCUGGUGGUCGUGAAGCUGCUUCCAGAGGAGCAGUGGAAGGUAAUUAAACCAGAGAGCAAUGACAAAGAAACAGAAGGGGCCUAUGAAUCAGAUCUCCCCGAGGAGCUCUGUGGAAGCCAUCUCCUGCAGCAGUCUCUGAAAGCCUGUAAUGACAGUCCUGAUGUCAUUAUAGAGGCUCAGUUUGAUGACAGUGACUCAGAAGAUGGACAUGGCAACACACCAAAUUCCCUGGUUGAUGGUGUUAAGAAACUCUCAGUUUGUGUUCAUGAAAAAGGAAGAAGUUUCUGGCAUAUUCCCCAUGAAAGCCGAGAAGAAAUGCCAGGAGAUUUAAGGAGGAUGUUCCGCAGACGCCCUGUGAUGGGGACUGGAGAAGAGGGAGCCGGUGCACCAGUUACAAAAGACGAGAACACCCUCAUGUCCCAGGACGCAAGAGCCUCCCCAGAGAAGUCGCUGCAGAGAUCAGCAAAGGUGGUUUACAUCUUGGAGAAAAAACAUUCCCGUGCAGCAACUGGCUUCCUCAAACUCUUGGCUGAUAAGAACAGUGAGCUGUUCAGGAAAUAUGCCCUGUUUUCUCCCUCGGACCACCGAGUGCCUAGAAUUUAUGUGCCUCUCAAGGACUGUCCCCAGGAUUUUGUGACCCGGCCGAAAGAUUAUGCCAACACACUGUUCAUCUGCCGCAUCGUGGACUGGAAGGAAGACAGCAAUUUUGCCCUGGGGCAGCUGGCCAAGAGUCUCGGGCAGGCAGGUGAGAUCGAGCCUGAAACGGAAGGGAUCCUGACAGAGUACGGUGUGGACUUCUCGGAUUUCCCCUCCGAGGUUUUAGAGUGCCUCCCGCAUGGCCUGCCUUGGACGAUUCCACCAGAGGAAUUCAGGAAGAGAAGAGAUUUGAGGAAAGACUGCAUCUUCACCAUUGACCCAUCAACUGCUCGAGACCUCGAUGACGCCCUCUCCUGCAAGUCCCUCGCUGAUGGCAACUUCGAAGUGGGGGUGCACAUCGCUGACGUCAGCUACUUUGUUCCCGAGGGAUCCAGCUUGGAUUCAGUGGCCGCUGAGAGAGCUACGAGCGUCUACUUGGUUCAGAAGGUGGUCCCCAUGCUUCCCAGGCUGCUUUGUGAGGAGCUGUGCAGCCUCAAUCCCAUGACCGACAAGCUGACCUUCUCUGUGAUCUGGACGCUAACUCCCAGAGGCAAGAUCCUCAGCGAAUGGUUUGGCCGGACCGUCAUCCGCUCCUGCACCAAACUGAGCUAUGAACAUGCACAGAGCAUGAUCGAAAGCCCGACUAGGAAAAUCCCCGAGAAGGAGCUGCCCCCCAUCUCCCCGGAGCACAGCGGCGAGGAGGUGCACCGCGCCGUCUUGACCCUCCACGGCAUCGCCAAGGAGCUGCGCAAACAGCGGUUCGCGGACGGCGCCCUGCGUUUGGAUCAGCUAAAGCUUGCUUUUACUCUGGACCGCGAGACUGGGCUGCCUCAAGGAUGUCACAUCUAUGAGUACCGUGACAGCAACAAGCUCGUGGAGGAGUUCAUGCUCUUGGCCAACAUGGCCGUGGCGCGCGAGAUCCACCGCGCCUUCCCCGAGCGAGCGCUGCUGCGCCGCCACCCGCCGCCGCAGACCAAGAUGCUCAACGACCUGAUGGAGUUCUGCGAGCAGCUGGGGCUGCCCAUGGACUUCAGCUCCGCGGGGGCCCUCAACAAAAGUCUGACCGAAACAUUUGGAGAUGACAAGUACUCCCUGGCGCGCAAGGAGGUGCUCACUAACAUGUGCUCGAGGCCCAUGCAGAUGGCCCUGUACUUCUGCGCGGGGACACUGCGGGACCCGGCGCAGUUCCGCCACUAUGCCCUCAACGUGCCACUCUACACGCACUUCACGUCGCCCAUCCGCCGCUUCGCCGACGUCAUGGUGCAUCGCCUCCUGGCCGCCGCGCUGGGCUACAGGGAGCCCCCGGAUAUGGAGCCCAAUGUCCUGCAGAAGCGGGCCGACCACUGCAACGACCGGCGCAUGGCGUCCAAGCGCGUGCAGGAGCUCAGCACCGGCCUCUUCUUCGCCAUCCUGGUCAAGGAGAGCGGCCCCCUGGAGUCGGAAGCCAUGGUGCUGGGCGUCCUGAACCAAGCCUUCGACGUGCUCGUGCUGCGCUACGGGGUCCAGAAGCGCAUCUACUGUAACGCACUGCCCCUGCGCUCCCACCACUUCCAGAAAGUGGGCAAGAAACCGGAGCUCACGCUCGUCUGGGAGCCUGAGGACCUGGAGCAGGAGCCGGUGCAGCAGGUCGUCACCAUCUUCAGCCUGGUGGAGGUGGUGCUGCGGGCAGAGGCCACGGCCCUCAAGUACAGCGCCGUCCUGAAGCGACCGGGCACCGAGGGACUCCUGGACCCGCAGGAGAAGCAGGGGUGCGACCACCACAGUGACCAGCGGGAGGACUGACGCUGCCAUCCUGGCCACACCCCUGCCCCGCCCGCCCCACCUGCUGGCUUUUAGGAGUAGGACCUUGUGACACCAAAGGGGAUUUUUAAUUUGGUUUUUAACAACUCAGGGUUUUGUUUUUAUUUUUUCAUUCUAUUUUAUUUUUGCAGCUCAGUUUUUAAACAGGAGGGGAGAGUGCGGGGCCGGACAGAAGGCUGGGGCCUGGCCACUGCUCCCCAGAGCAGAGCGAGACCUGGCCCUCCUGGGAGACCAGCCCCCUUCUGCCAGGUUGCCCACUGCCUUCCCCUGCCCAGGAAACCAGGGGUUUUCAGCAAAUCAGUGUCAUGGAAUAAAAUCAAGUGUGAAGUGC